AUUAUCUCUUUCCUUAAGGACCCCCCGCAGAGUUCGUGCCAGAGCUGCUCUCUUUUACUUUGUUUUACCUUCUUUCCUGACCUCAUUAACUCGGCACACCCACCUGCCACGAGACUCUGUUGCUACAGGUGCCUCAUCCUGUACAGCACCUGUGCCAAUCUGUUCCCUCGACGCCCAGUCAUGAAGCUUAUGCGGAAAUAGCAACGACAAAGGCAUGGAGAGAACACGGGUCGCUAAGGUUGAAGAUGUGACCUUGGCGCGGCGUGGUGAACAGGUUGUUGGCACCCUCCACCUCACCCCUCAUCAUAUCAUCUUCUCCCAUAUACCCUCGUUGCCGGAUGGUGCGCAACCCUCGGUUACACCCAUUAGGCCAAAAGAGCUCUGGAUAACUUAUCCUAUCAUCUCCUUCUGCACUCUCCGCCCCACUCCGGCUGCAUCCCGUCAACCAUCAUCGAUCCGUUUACGGUGUCGUGAUUUCGCCUUCGUUUGCUUAUACUUCGGCAAUGAGUCAAAAGCUCGUGAUGUGUAUGAAAGUAUCAAGCAGUGGACAUGCAAGCUUGGACGGAUCGAGAAACUCUACGCUUUCACAUACCAACCACCACCUCCCGAGCGGGAGUUGAACGGUUGGGAGUUAUACAAUCCACUCAAAGAGUGGGCAAGACAAGGUGUAGACCAGGAUAACCAUGGCUGGCGUAUCUCUCGGAUAAAUACGGAUUAUGUGUUUUCACCGACGUAUCCUGCCCUCCUCCCGGUUCCGUCCACCAUUUCCGAUAAUACACUCAACUAUGCUGGACGAUACCGCUCCCGGGCAAGAGUGCCCGUGCUGUCGUAUCUUCACCCUGUUAAUAACUGCUCGAUCACGAGAAGUUCACAGCCCCUGGUGGGUGUGCGUCAAAACCGAAGCAUCCAGGACGAGAAGCUAUUAGCGGCCAUUUUCUCCACCUCCCGUUCAGAGAGGCCACUAGCAGACUUUAAUCCAAUCCAUUUAGACCGAGAAUCUUCUGGUUCGACACAAAGCGAUGCAGACAAUGAGGCUGUGGCUGAUUUGACAGGGACGGAAGAAUUGGAAGACGAGAUGUUGACUUCAUUCCGCGGAGACUUGGACAGCAAGAACCAGAUAUAUGGUGCUCAACAGCACAACUUGAUUGUUGAUGCACGGCCGACGGUGAACGCAUUUGCGAUGCAGGCUGUCGGUCUCGGUUCAGAAAACAUGGACAACUAUAAGUUUGCAACCAAGGCGUAUCUGGGGAUUGACAACAUCCAUGUGAUGAGAGACUCUCUGAAUAAGGUGAUUGAUACAUUGAAGGACUCAGAUGUUACGCCACUAGGACCAAACAGAGAUCAACUUGCACGGAGUGGAUGGUUAAAGCAUAUAUCUGGUAUCCUAGAUGGUGCAGGCUUGAUAGCCCGCCAGGUUGGCCUUCAACACUCGCACGUAUUGAUACAUUGCUCAGAUGGAUGGGACCGUACCAGUCAGCUUAGUGCGCUAAGCCAGAUAUGUCUUGACCCCUAUUAUCGAACCAUGGAGGGCUUCAUGGUGCUGGUGGAAAAGGACUGGCUUUCCUUUGGGCACAUGUUUCGGCAUCGAUCUGGUCACUUGAACAGCGAGAAAUGGUUUCAAAUAGAAAAUGAGCGGAUCGGAGGAGAUUCCACUCGUGGUUUUGGAGAGGGCGGUGGUGCAGGUAAAGCUAUUGAAAAUGCAUUCCUUAGUGCCAAAGGGUUCUUCAACCGAGAUAACAUAAGCCGUGACUCUCUUCCGGAGUCCGAUGGAGAAAUGCAAAGCUACGACUCUGACACUCCGGGAAUCAAGAAGCCUAGCUCUGUUCCAAGAUCGGUGACCCCCGAGAAGGAGGUGACAAAGGUAAAGGAGACUAGUCCAGUGUUUCAUCAAUUCCUUGAUGCAACUUAUCAACUGCUGUAUCAAUACCCGACACGGUUCGAGUUUAACGAGCGGUUCUUGCGACGGUUACUCUAUCAUAUUUACUCAUGCCAGUAUGGCACGUUUCUCUAUAACAGCGAAAAAGAGCGGGUGGAGUCGAAGGCAAAGGAACGCACCCGGAGUGUAUGGGACUAUUUCCUCGCCCGGAGAGAACAAUUCGUUAACCCGAAAUACGAUCCUCACAUCGAUGACCAUAAGCGUGGGAAAGAACGCCUCAUAUUCCCACGGAUUAGUGAAGUUAGGUGGUGGAAUGAGGCAUUUGGUCGAACCGAUGCGGAAAUGAACGGUGUCCGUUCGACCAGUUCUAGCCCUUCUACAUACCGCGAGAACAUUGAUACGGAACGAUCGCCGGUGCUGACAGGCAUUGAGACAGCCCAGCAUUCUGCCACCAAUAGCACAGGAGCUAAAGGGACACAAAAUGCUGCCUCAGCCGGCAUGGCGGCCGUCACGUCGGGGAUCACAAAUCUAGCUUUCUCCAAGUCUAGAGAGAAUGGGCAGGAUCUAAAAAGGGUGGGUCAGUUUGAGGUUGAAAUGCAAUGAAAGAGUUAAAAAAUGUUUGAUAUCGGGUUAUAUUCCUAAAUCGAUGUAUCUAUGGAAGCCGACAGGGUGGUUGUGGGCAUAAAUCUCUCUACUUGUGUGCUUGGUGUGUCAUUUUCGGCCCUUUGAAAUCUUUCUUCAGAUGUUUUCUAUAUGAGUAGAGGUACGACAAGGUGAACGGUAAAUUAGGGAGGUUUAUGAUUUGUCCUGGGAUGGCGAGGGAAAGGAGCAUUGUAGUAGCGACAUGGACUCCCAUUGUUUCACUGACUUUUUAGGCCAUGGCCCGAGCUCUUUGCCUAAAGUGGAUUAAGACUCCAUAUUAUGAUGCCUGAGG